AUGUAUAUUAAAUGGUCUAUACAAAAAACACAUAUUCCAAUGAAAAAGAAUAAAUCAAUGCUAGAAGAUAUUCAGUCACAUUUUUAUAUAAUCAUACGCAGAUUUCGUAUACAAACAUGUUAUAUCCUACUGAUAUGUUGUUGUUGUAUUUUACUAUGGAUAUAUGAAAGACAAUUAUUUUUAUCGUAUACAUGCCAAAUGAACUUGUUUCAACUAUCUUCAGUAUGUUCAACAUUAAAAAUUAAUGAACACAAGCUGGAUUAUUCAACUUAUGUUGUAGAUUCACAAGAAACACGAUUUCAUAGAAAUAUUAUCACAAUAGACGUCUCGCUUGUUAUUGGAGGUGCACAAGCUGCUCGUGGACUUGUUACAUUAAUUAAAAGUAUAUUGCUUCAAAGAAGCUGGGAAAAAUCGGUUGAUUUUCCUGAAUUUGCUAGAACAACAACUAUAAAGUCAACAUUAACAUACAAUGAAAUGCAACAUUCUGUUAGCGAAAGCAAUAAUGAAUCAUUCAUCGACAAUUUUAGUAAAAGUAGUGGUUGUUAUAUCAGACACAUUAAUUUACAUUUAAUAUGUGACUAUCAUGCCUCUAAAAGUCUUUCAACUCUAUUCGUUACAUGGAAUAUUCCGAAUUUCGAUGUCUUUUUUUAUCGACUCGAGCUAUAUUUGCAUAAAGUAUCUUGGAUACCCAGUACUCAUUAUUCUGGACUAUUCGGUUUGUCAAAACUAUUGAUACCAGAGAUUUUACCGGAGUCAGUGGAAAAGGUUAUUAACCUUGACGUUGAUCUUCUGGCGAAUUCAGACCUGUUAGAACUUUGGGCCCAUUUCAAAAGAUUUAACUCCAGUCAGAUGAUUGGAUUAGUUGCAAAUCAAAGUCCAUGGUAUUUAAGAAAAACCAAUCGAAUAGUAUGGCCUGCGUGGGGUCCUGGCUUUAACACCGGUGUCAUGUUACUAGACCUUGUUCGGUUACGUGAGUCUCAUUGGUCAGAACACUGGUAUCGAACAACAAAAUCUGCAUUACUCCAUAUACCUUAUGCGAUGUUAGCCGAUCAGGAUAUCAUUAAUACAGCUUUAGUGGAAAUUCCUUCAAUUAUUUAUCAAUUACCAUGUGAAUGGAAUGUUCAACUCACAUCCAGUAUGAAUACAAAAUUAUGUCCAAUAAUUUGGUCAGAUGACAAUUCAAUUCAUAAAAACAACAACAACAACAAUGUACAUAAGUUUAAAUCAGACAAAUUUGAAUUAUUCAAUUAUUUUUUAAAAAUUGCCCAUUUUAAUCAUCCAAUAAAAGCAGAUAUGAUUACAUUAAAUGAAAUUACCGAUGACGACCAAUUACGUCUAAGAUUAAAACGACAAUUUAUGAGAAUGUAUCGUUAUUAUCAAAAUUAUGAUGGAAUGAUAGUUCAAUCAUCCACAAAACUGAAAUCAUGUUCAGAAUACGAUAUUCCUGUAACGUAUACCCACAAGUUUAACCAAACAACCUCAAAAACUACCAUCACGAUGGAUGGUUGUGAAGAAUUUGCAGAAGAUUUGCUCAAAACACAUAGAAUACAUCCAUAUUUUUUAGAGUGUAACUUUUCCACUUUUUCAAUGAAGGAUGAAGCGAAUAUUACAAGCUUGAAAAAUCAUGUUAGCCUCGUUUCACAAUUAACCUUUGAUAGAUUACAUCGACUAGAAGAGCUUGCAGCAAGAUGGCUUGGACCAAUGAGUUUAGCAUUGUAUUUGACGGACAGAGAGACAACAUUGUUGAUAGAAUAUAUUACAAAUUCUCCAAUUCUACAAAAUCGUACAAAUAUUGGUUAUCAUAUUGUAUAUGUAGAUGGAAAAUUUUAUCCGAUCAAUAUAUUACGUAAUAUUGCCAUAAAAUAUUCAGUGACCGAAUUUAUUUUUCACAUUGAUAUUGAUUUCUUACCACAAGAAAAUAUCAUUGAUUCUAUUGAAAAAUCUAUCAAUGAACAUUUGUUACGUGACAAUAAAUUACGAAAUAUUUGUUUAGUAGUACCAGCAUUUGAAACUUUUAAAAAUCAUUUGAAACUACCAGAAACGAAAAAAGAUUUGAUAAAAUCUUGGGAAAUAGGAGAAAUUUUACCAUUUCGGCAUAAAAUCUGGUCAGCUGGUCAUAUGUCAACGAAUUAUUCACAUUGGAAACUUUCACAAAUUGAUUACGAAGUACAAUGGUCAGCAGAUUAUGAACCAUAUGUAAUUGUUUCGCGUUAUGCAACAAAAUUUGAUGAAAUUUUUAUUGGAUUUGGUUGGAAUAAAGCUUCAUAUAUUAUGGCGUUAGAUGCAUUAGGUUAUAAAUUCAUUGUUUUAACGAAUGCAUUUCUUAUACACUUACCGCAUCCACCUAGUUUUGAAGUGUUUCGUUAUCGAAUGAAUUCAGCUUACAGAUCAUGUAUUGACAAGCUGAAACUGGAUUUUAUUAAACGUCUAGCAAAGAAACACGGUGUACAAGCUUUAAAAUAUCUUCAGUUUCGUAAAGAUUCACUAAUCAAUUAAUUAGGAUGAACAGCAUACAUGUUUUUGGACUAACUAUACAGUUAAGCAAAGUAAAAAAAUUAUCAUUGCUGGUAUGGAGAUGCAUCAACAGCUAUCUUGGUUGACAGUCACAAAAAGAAAGUCAAGUCGGAAUAUCUGAUAUUUGCCAACAGUGAAGUUCAAAUAAAAUUCAAAAUAAAUUUCUACAGAUUGAAAAAAUUUUCCAUACACUAACAAUAUUCAGUUAGA